AUGAAACUCUUAAGCUCGAAUGUUCGAGGUUUGGGGAGACCUCGAACUGUCAAUCGUCUCCGGCAUAAGCUGAGAGAUAUAGGCCCCACGGUGGUAUUUUUAAUAGAGACAAAACUUCAAGGCUGUCAAAUGGAGAAGGUCAGACGUAAGUGCGAUUUUCUGAAUGGAAUUGAUGUAGAUUCAAAUGGUAGAAGCGGGGGAUUAUCGUUAGGUUGGAAUAAUGACUGCAAAGUCUCUCUUCGCUCUUACUCGAAUAGGCAUAUUGAUGUUAUGUUUGAUGAAGAUUCGGAGGGGAGAACUUGGAGAUGUACGGGAUUUUAUGGAGCUCCAGAGGAGAAUUUACGUGAAGCAUCUUGGAAUUUACUUCGUACUCUGAAUGAUUCCCCACAGAUUCCUUGGGUAGUUAUUGGAGAUUUUAAUGAAAUUGCGUAUUCAACUGAGAAGAAAGGGGGGCUGACGCGGAAGAAAAGACUGAUGUGUAGAUUUCGUGAAGUGAUGGAUGACUGUUCUUUAACCGAUAUUGGUUAUAGUGGUCAAUGGUUUACUUGGGAGAGAGGACGUAUGAGAGCUAAUAAUAUCCGGGAACGCCUUGAUAGAGAAGUCCCUUCGGACGAGAUUCUUGGGGAUAUUGUGGAGACAAAGCUGCAGAUUAAUAUGGACGCAGACAGAGAAGAGCUGUAUUGGGAACAGAGAGCUCGAGCAAAUUGGAUGAAAAACGAGGAUAGGAAUACUCAUUUUUUUCACCAAUCGGCAACGGAUAGGAGUAGGAGAAAUAAGGUGGAAGAAUUAGUGGAUGGCGAGGGUAAUAGACAUGCGAACAAUGAUGAUUUAUUACGGCUGGCCACUGAUUAUUUUUCUUCUUUAUUUACAGCAAAAAAUGUUAGUGAUCUAAGCUCCAUUUUGGAAGGUAUUGAGCCAUGUAUUUCUCAACAGAUGAACGAGGAUCUGGAGAAGGGGUUUACAUAA